GGGUUAGGCAGCUGUGCCCUGGUCUUUGCGUGACUGAGGUGGACGCUAGGGAGAGGAAUCUGACAACGAUCAAUGAGGAGGAGUAUUGUCAAUGCUACAAACCCAUCAGUUUCCUCCCGAGGAUUGGUACGGCCCCAUGACGUCAGAAGGAGGGCAAAGCUAGAACAAGCGGCAUUUAAAUCAGUAGUAUGUGUGUAGAUAUACCGCUGCGCGGUUGGUCGUGGCGAGCGGUUCCUGCGCGCUAGAGUAGCAGACGAUCCUGUGAGUCGACGCCAGCAUUCUGUGGCAGCAGACUGGCAGUCUGUAUCUAUCACCUACUGAAGCUAUCAACACCAGAUAACACGAGUACUUCAGCCAUAGGACAAGUGUGCUGUGACCUUACCGUAUGGUCACUGAAGAGAUGGCUGGUGUUUUACAUGUUUGCUGUUAUUGACUACAUGAUAUUUAUUCAGAUCGCAUGUUGAUGGACGAGACUGUUCUCCAAACGGCGUGUUGUCGAUACUCAAGCUCAGUCACAGGAGUCUCCAGUACGUGGACAGCUGCUGUAAUGGAUGUGUGAGGGCCCUUCUGAGAGUGCAAAUCAAUGCCAGCGACAGUAUCACGUCGAGCCAAACUUGUAUCAAUCAAGCAAAGUUAUGUGCCCCAAUUGAACGCUGACUUCAACGCUAAAACAAGAAGCAGCUGCUGAACCAAUGGCUGACGUUGUUCAUGUCUAAAGUCCCCGUGGAUCAAAUUCUCAAUAGUGGUGAGACACCUCAACUCCAUCAUGUACGGGUUGUUGCUGGAGUCUAUCGCGGAGUUCCUGCGCCAGGAGUAUGGCGAGGGUGUGUGGACUGAAAUCAGACGCAAAGGCGACUUUACCCAGUCUAGUUUUGCCACACAUGACAUCUAUAGUGAAAAUCUCAUUCAAACUAUUGCCCGUAUCGCUUCAGAAAUCACUGGUGAAUCGGUGGAUUCUCUCAUGGAUUCGUUUGGUGUUGCGUUUGUGUCCUUCGUGGGCCAAUACGGCUACGACAGGAUCCUUAAAGUACUAGGACGUCAUAUGAGAGAUUUUCUAAACGGUUUAGACAAUCUGCAUGAAUAUUUGAGAUUCAGUUACUCCAAACUCAAGCCGCCGUCCUUCUUCUGUGAGAACGAGAACAAGUCCGGACUGACCCUACACUACCGCAGCAGGAGGAAGGGCUUCCUACACUAUGUCAAAGGGCAGAUCAGGCAGGUGGGGAAGGUGUUCUACAACACAAAGGUGGAAAUAUAUGUUAUAUCAGAGGAAAUUGUCAGUGACAGGGUUCAUGUGAUUUUUAGACUCAUCUUUGACAACACUGCAUACCGAGAGUCGCUCAAAGUUACAGAUGACAACAUCGUCGACAACAUCCCACUACGAUCUGAAGUUCUGUUUGAACUUUUCCCCUUCCACAUUGUGUUCGGGCGUAACAUGGGCAUUCGAAGUACUGGAUCUGGUCUAGGAGCGGUCAUGAGGGUCGUGGUUGGGAAGAGUCUGACUGCGGUAUUCGGUCUCCGGCGCCCCCUUGUAGACUUCACGUGGCAAAGUAUUAUGGCGCACACAAACAACGUAUUUGAGCUGAUUUCCCUGAAAUCCGUCAGAAGACGAAUACAAGGCAGCAACUCCGACAGCACGGACGACAGCUCCAUCCUCACCGAAGACGAGAAGACAGAUUUAGAUUUGAAGUCUCUGGGCGAGGAAUCCAACUGUCUCCAUCUUAAGGGGCAGAUGAUGUACAUGUGUGAGUGGGACUGCAUCAUGUUCCUGGGCACACCCAUCAUGGACAGUCUUGACGAUAUGUUCAACGUUGGUCUGUACAUCAAUGACCUCAGUAUGCACGACUCAAGCAGGGACCUCGUACUGGCAGGGACACAGCAGUCCGCAGAGCUCAAGUUAGCUCUGGAUCAGGAACAAGAGAAGAGCCGGCUUUUGGAAGAGAGUAUGCUGAAGUUAGAUGCCGAGAUGAAGAGAACAGAUGCAUUGCUUUACCAAAUGAUACCGAAACCUGUCGCUGAUAGACUUAGGAGGGGUGAACCGUCAGUCAACACGUGUGAGGUUUUCGACAAUGUAACAAUCCUGUUCAGCGACGUGGUGGGCUUCACGACAAUCUGCAGCCAGAUUACACCUAUGGAGGUUGUCUCCAUGCUCAACGCCAUGUAUACAAAAUUUGAUAAACUGAGUGAAGAACACAGGGUUUACAAGGUUGAGACGAUCGGCGACGCCUACAUGGUAGUGUCAGGUGCGCCUACCGUCACCAAGUUCCACGGACUGCAGAUCUGCGACAUGGCACUGGGGAUGCUGGACUCCAUGUGGGACCUGAAGGACCCGUCUACGGGAGGGAACAUGAAGAUCAGGGUCGGUAUCCAUACGGGGACGACUGUGGCCGGAGUAGUGGGAAUAAAGAUGCCGAGAUACUGUCUGUUUGGUGACACUGUCAACACUGCAUCCAGGAUGGAAACAAGUGGAGAGGCGAUGAAAAUUCACAUCAGCGAGACAACGAAGAAGGAGCUUGAGCCGUAUCCGUACCAGGUAGAAGAAAGAGGAAGUAUCGAGGUCAAGGGUAAAGGUUCCAUCCGGUCCUUCUGGCUACUGAGCAAGGACACGUCGAGUGAUUCUGGUGGUCCCAGGUGCCCAUUUACAAGCUACCUCGAGGACGAAAUAAAGAAGAUCAACAAAGACUGCUCAGGAGAUCUGUCACAAAGUGCCGACGGCUCGAGGUCCGUCUACUCGCCAGUUUCCUUUGAAGAUAUUCCCAAGAGCACCUUUAACUCACCAGUACAUGCAGAGACAUGUCGCCCAGCCAAGAUCAAUAACACUCUCAAUAACAAUGAAGCCAAUAAAAAUGUCGUAUAUGUGGAAUCGCGGGAUGAAAGCCCAAAAAAGAUUCAAGAUUCUCGAGACACAUACUCUAAACCGAAAGAUGUUGGGAUGAUAAAAAAUCCCCUUCACCAGCCCAACCGCCCUCCAAGUGCCAACAGCCGGGGCAAGAAGGAGGAUUCUGAGAAGCCCAAAAGUCAGACUUGUUGUAUUGUCUAACGUUGAUAGUAACACGAUCAUCCCCAUUACACUGAGCCGGGCGGAUCGGGUCGUUUCCUCUCAUAAAGGAUUAGUAUAUAGUAAGACACUGUCCGUGGCUUAGGAACACGUUGUCUCCUCAGAGACCUAAAUAAAAUGAUAUUUGACAUUGUAUAUAUUGACUUUCAGUGGAACUUUCAUCACUAGAUCUACCGACAAAUCAUCCAUGUUUUAUAUUUAUUGUGUAAAUAUCGCAUGUACUUCGUGCCCCCUAUCUCAGUUGGAAAUAUCUAUUUGGAAAGUCAUAGCUGUUCAUAAUGUGAAUAGAAAUCAUCUGAGCAUACUUAUCUAUGCUACUGUCCAUGUUCUAGUGGUGGACAACGCCUGUGAUGUGUCUACUGAGACAUAUAUACUAUCGUGUCAGGGAACCCAAAAUAUCAAAACAUUUAGGGAUGAUGUCACUUGGAAGACGAACACUUAAAAGCCUGCAGCACUGGUAGUGUAGAAUCGAGGGAUGAACAUAGCUCACAGGUCUUAUCCUAUCAUGUACAACAUCAUUUAAUCUUACUGAGCGACAAAUAAUAUCUAAAACGGCCAAAUGGCGACUAAUGUAAACUAACAAGCCAGGUGUUGAGCCUCUGAAUGAGCACAACAGUUACCUAGAUGGUCGCUCACAUCAGUGAAAGUGAGCAUGUACACUGUUACAGCAGGUGUAAUCUGAUAUUGAUCAUGUAAACACGGGGAAAGUCAUGCGGUUCACGUAGACUGGAUGCUGAAGCUGGUACUGAUCACGUCGACUGACAAUACAGACUGGUGAUGUCAGCUGCAAGCUGAAAUCUGGAAGCUAGUACUGACCACGUAAACUGAAGGGAAUAGCUGGUACUACCAACUGAAACAAUGGGGACAUUUUAUGCAAAGCGAAAAGGUGGAGAUUGGUUAUGUAAACAAGAUGAGGUGAACAUGUAAUAAUGGACCAAAACAACCAGACAGUGGUAAUUAUGUUCAUGAAAGGCAUCUGUUGAACGACUUCAGACAAACACAUAUCAGUUUAGACUGUCAGUUUAGUGGAUGUUUUUGUAUCCAAACAGUUGGGACAGUAUUCAGUAAUGAAUCGCGUUGCCCAACUGUGCAGUAGAUGUGAAUAUAUGUAUGCCGUGUACUGUGGAGGUUACUGACAGACAGGCUCUAUGGUCGAUAAUAGGUCCUGGAGUCGAACCCCUGUUGGAAUGACAUGUAUAAUUGUUAUAUAGACACUGACCAUUCUCUGAUUACAACUGUGUUGUAGUCCCGAUUCAACCGUUACCGGAAUUAAGACAUGUCGGCAGAAAAAGGUUUUGUUAAGAAAAA